UCCUUUCAAAGCGCAUGCGCAAAUUUUCUUCUUUCUCUUUCUUCUUCAUUUCCACUCUUACUCGGGGAUAUUCGGGUGAAAGGGGAUAGUAUCGGUCAUGGGUGCUUACAAAUAUCUUGAGGAACUCUUCAAGAAGAAGCAGUCAGAUUUGCUUCGCUUUCUGCUGCGUGUUCGUACCUGGCAAUUCCGUCAUCUGACUGCCAUCCACCGUGCUUCUCGCCCUUCCCGACCAGACAAAGCCCGCCGCCUUGGUUACAAGGCCAAGCAGGGAUAUGUUAUCUACAGAGUUCGAGUCCGUCGUGGUGGACGUAAGCGCCCUGUCCCCAAGGGUGCCACCUAUGGAAAGCCCGUCCAUCAGGGUAUCAACCAUUUGAAAUUCCAGCGCAGUCUUCGUUCAGUUGCUGAGGAGCGUGCCGGUCGUUACUGUGGAUCUCUCCGCGUCCUCAACUCCUACUGGAUUGCUGAGGAUGCCUGCUAUAAAUUCUUCGAAAUUAUCAUGGUAGACCCACAGCACAAGGCCAUCCGCCGUGACCCACGCAUCAACUGGCUGUGCAAGGCUGUUCACAAGCACCGUGAGCUCCGUGGACUCACUGCUGCUGGUCGCAAGAACCGUGGACUUGGAAAGGGACAUUUGCACACCAAGGUUAUCGGCAGCUCUCGUCGUGCCAGCUGGAAGCGCCGCAACACCCAGCAGUUCCGUCGCUACCGUUAACCAUUUUCAAUCUGUGCAUCUUUUUCUUAAUACGAAUACAUCCCUCGAAAUCAA